ACGACUUCUGCGUUUCUCUUCCAGACACAAGCGUGGUAAAAAUGGCCGCGCCGAGUGAUCUUUACAAGCAUGUAUAUUCAUUUCUACUAGAGAACAAGUUUACCAAGGCUGCUCAACAGUUCAUCAAAGACGCGAAAGUGCCACCCCAGAAUGACAAACAAGAUGCCGCUCUGCUUGACAUAUUCAACUUCUGGGUGAAGUCUCCUGAAGCUAAGAAACGGAAGGCGCUGCCCAACGGUCCUGGAACAAGUGACAGGCCGUCUGCUAAGAAGGCAAAGAUCGCGGAGAGCUCCAGUGAGGAGUCGAGCAGUGAUGAGGAGGAAGCUGCAGCACCUGCCAAGGCCACACCCACAGCUAAAGCGGCCGAGUCCAGCAGCAGUGAUGAUUCCAGUGAUGAGGAGGCCGCAGCAAAGAAGCCUGCAGCAGCCAAAGCCCCAGUGAGGACUCCUGUAGUGGCAGCAGCCAAAGCCCCAGUGAGGACUCCUGUAGUGGCAGCAGCCAAAGCCCCAGUGAAGACUCCUGUAGUGGCAGCAGCCAAAGCCCCAGUGAAGACUCCUGUAGUGGCAGCAGCCAGGAAAAAGGACUCCAGCUCUAGCAGCGAGUCAUCUGAUGAUGAGGCUCCAGCUAAAGCCCCUGUAGCUAAAGGAAAGGCGGCAGCCGCGACCCCUAAGGCGGCCGCGACCCCUAAGGCGGCCGCGACCCCUAAGGCGGCCGCGACCCCUAAGGCAGGGACGACUGCCAAAGCUGCAGCUCAGAAGAAGGCUGAGACCAGCAGCAGUGAGGACAGCUCCAGUGAAGACGAAGCGCCCACUAAGACCCCUCCAGCCAAGACCCCUCCAGCCAAGACCCCUCCAGCCAAGACCCCUCCAGCCAAGACAGUCGAGUCUAGCAGCGAUGACUCUUCUUCAGACGAAGAGGAGUCUCCUCCCAGCAAGAAGGCCAAACCAGGUGCAUACAGUGCAGUCCCACCCCCUGGAGCUGCAGUAAAGAAGGCCUUGGUUCCUACAGUGGCCAGCAAGGCCAAAAAGGACCGCUCCUCAGACAGCAAGCAGGAGAAGAAAGUGUCAGCUAAAGCAGUCCCUGUGACGUCUACCCCAGCAAAGACUGUGACCCCUAAACCUGCUGCUAAGAAGGCCGAGUCUAGCUCUGAGAGCUCAGACUCUAGCUCUGAAGAUGAAGAAGAAGCAAAAAAGGCAGCAGCUAAGGCUACCCCGGCUAAGGCUACCCCGGCUAAGGCUACCCCGGCUAAGGCUACCCCGGCUAAGGCUACCCCGGCUAAGGCUACCCCGGCUAAGGCUACCCCGGCUAAGGCUACCCCGGCUAAAGCUGCGCCGUCAGAAGAUUCUUCCUCGGACUCGAGCUCAGAGGAUGAAGAAGAGGUGACAGUGAAAGUGGCACCAGCUAAGGCGACUCCUACGGUGACCCCAGGCAAGGCUGCAGAAUCCUCCUCUGACUCAAGCUCAGAAGAUGAGAAAGAAGCUAAGAAGCCUGUUGCCAAGGCCACUCCUGCCAAGGCCACUCCUGCCAAGGCUGCCCCUGCUAAGAAAGCCGACUCGUCAAGCUCAGACUCCGACAGCAGCUCUGAGGACGAGGCCCCAGCCAAGGCUGCUGGAGCUACCAAGAAACCUGCAGCAGCCCCCAAGGCCCCAGCCAAGGCUGCUGCAGCUACCAAGAAACCUGCAGCAGCCCCCAAGGCCCCAGCCAAGGCUGCUGCAGCUACCAAGAAACCUGCAGCAGCCCCCAAGGCCCCAGCCAAGGCUGCUGCAGAAAGCAGCUCAGACUCAGACUCUUCAUCUGAAGAUGAGGCUCCAGCUAAGAAGGCUACCCCAGCCCCUGUUACUAAACCAGCCUCCAAACCAGCCACCCCAGUUGUUAAACCAGCUGCUGCAGAAAGCAGCUCGGACUCCGACUCUUCAUCUGAAGAUGAGGCUCCAGCUAAGAAGGCUACCCCGGCCCCUGUUACUAAACCAGCCUCCAAACCCGCCACCCCAGUAGUUAAACCAGCCGCUGCAGAAAGCAGCUCGGACUCCGACUCUUCAUCUGAAGAUGAGGCUCCAGCUAAGAAGGCUACCCCGGCCCCUGUUACUAAACCAGCCUCCAAACCAGCCACCCCAGUUGUUAAACCAGCUGCUGCAGAAAGUAGCUCGGACUCCGACUCUUCAUCUGAAGAUGAGGCUCCAGCUAAGAAGGCUACCCCGGCCCCUGUUACUAAACCAGCCUCCAAACCAGCCACCCCAGUUGUUAAACCAGCUGCUGCAGAAAGUAGCUCGGACUCCGACUCUUCAUCUGAAGAUGAGGCUCCAGCUAAGAAGGCUACCCCAGCCCCUGUUACUAAACCAGCCUCCAAACCAGCCACCCCCGGGGUGAACAAACUAGCCCCAACCAAGGCCGCAGCCAAGAGCACCUCCGAUUCUGACAGCGACAGCUCGGACUCAGAGGACGAGGUCGCUGCAGCCAAAAAGACCACCAAACCUACAGCCGCAGCCAAGACUCCUGCUUCAGCCAAGACUCCUGCUUCAGCCAAGACUCCUGCUUCAGCCAAGACUCCUGCUUCAGCCAAGACUCCUGCUUCAGCCAAAGCUUCCGAGUCCAGCAGCAGUGACGACAGCUCUAGUGAUGAGGAAGAAGCAGCUACCCCAGCCUCGACUAAGAAGGCAGCUACCCCAGCCUCGACUAAGAAGGCAGCUACCCCAGCCUCGACUAAGAAGGCAGCUACCCCAGCCUCGACUAAGAAGGCAGCUACCCCAGCCUCGACUAAGAAGGCAGCUACCCCAGCCUCGACUAAGAAGGCAGCUACCCCAGCCUCGACUAAGAAGGCAGCUACCCCAGCCUCGACUAAGAAGGCAGCAGAAUCCACCUCCGACUCCUCCGACAGUUCUGACUCGGAUACUGAAACCAAGACGACGCCUGCUAAGCCUGCUCUGACCAAUGGGAAGCCAGCUACACCUAAAGCCUCCACCCCUGCUGCCAAGGCAACGACACCGGCAAAGGCUGCCGAGUCUUCAUCGUCCCAGGACAGUAGCUCUGAGGAAGAGGAGGCGAAAGCAGUCGCCACUCCCAUCACUAACGGCACGGUAAACGACAAGAGAAAGAGGGAUGGAGAAGACUCGUCUUCUGAGAUCGAGGAAGAGGAAGUAACGACUCCUAAAAACAAGAAAGUGGUACCAUCACCACAGACUUUCCCCAAAGUCUCGAAGAAGGUCAAUGUACCUUUCCGUAGAAUAGUAGAGGAGGACAUUGAGGUGGACAACCGUCUGGCGGACAACUCCUUCGAUGCCAAGCGCGGGGCAAAUGGAGACUGGGGCCAGAGGGCCAAUGACGUGCUCCGCUUCACCAAGGGGAAGUCCUUCCGCCACGAGAAGACCAAGAAGAAGAGGGGAAGCUACCGUGGAGGAGCCAUCUCCCAGUCCGUCAAUUCCAUCAGGUUCGACAGCGACUGAGAACCUGGUCAUCAUCAUCAUCACCCCUCUUCAUCCUGCCGCUUGACCCCCCCCCCCAAC